GGGUGGAAGGGGCGGGGAAAGCUCGGCUCCAGCGGGAGAGUGGAGCAUCGAGAGUCUCGUAGUAGGAAAGCCUGGGGGAGCUGGGUCUGAUCAGCUUCGAGAAAAGACGGCGGAGAGGAGAUCUCAUUCUUGAGUAUAAGUAUCUAAAAGAAGAGUGCCGAAAGGAUGGACCAGGCUGUGCCCACUGGUGUAGAACUAUAGGACAGGAGGCAAUGGGCAGAAACUGAUGCCCAGAAGUUCCCCCUGACUAUAAGGAAGAACUUCUUUCCUGUGCCGUGGCUGCGCAUGGAAUAGAUUGCCACGAGAGGUUGAGGAGUGUCCCUCAGUGGGGAUAUUCCAGAACCAUUUGGAUGCCAUCCUGUGCCACGUGUGGUAGGAUGACCCUUCUUGAGCAGGGAGCUGGGGCCAGAUGACCCCUGUGGUCCCACUGAACCUCCCCCAUCCUGGGGUUUUGUGAGCCCCUGAAGAGCUGAAGGGGUGCGGGCAGAGUUUAGCCUUUGGUGUUUCUCUUCCUAGGGCGACAAAGUUCAGCUGGUCAAUGUGCCAUCUCUGCAGUGCAGAAAGUUCUGGAAGGGUUGGCAGAGACUCCCCAGUGAUUCUGUGCAGGGAAUACUCCAGCUAUUAUUUUUCCCUGAUUGUUUGUGCUGGUGAAUUGAGUAGUGAAAAGGCAAUGUGUUGAAGGAAAAACAGUUACAGUUUGGGUGUGCUUUCAUAACCUAAAAAGCUUUUUAGAUGUAGUGGCUCUGGACUGUGGCUUUUGAAUCUAGCACCUGUGUAUCUAGUGUCAUUUCAGUGCUGCAGGCUUAUAGCCUGUAGUGAGAACUUGCUGGGAAGUGCUUGAUUCAUUUGGCAUCUGAUCCUGAAAGCUGCAUCUUAAAAUUGUUGCCUGACUUUUAAAGUAGGAUCAGAUUUUGGAGAGUUGUGCAGAUUUACCAUAAAGCAAAUUCUAAUAUGCAGUUUCAGCUUUCUCAAAGUUUUGUCAUGGCAGCAACCAGUGUAAAUUAUGUACUGAAGCCCCAAAACAGCACAGUCGGGGUCAGCAGUUAUUAGAGAGUCUAUUGUUCAAAACUCUUUAGGUAUGAGGUAAAAGGAAGGUGCAUUUAUUUCCUCUGUAAGCUGAUGUUGAGAGGAUGUUGAUGAUCAGUUUCAAACUGCAUUUGUUAAUGGCAAGCAUUCAGACCAACUUUUGUGUUUGAGUCAAAAGUGCAUGUUUAUAUUUGUAGUGUGUGAGUAGAGAAAAUUGAUUUUGUUUUGUCAGAAAAAAAUCAGGAGGCUGAUGCAGAAGCACCAACGUUCUUGCUGUUGAGAUGUCCUGUAUUCCAUUGUUAAUGGAACCAGCAUGUUCCAGCUCUGACGUACAGGGAGCCACAAAAACAAGGAAUAAUGAUGCUACUUCCAGAUUUUUGGUUCCUCUUUCUGACAAUAAUGAAAGCAAAGAGUCAAAAUCUAUUCAAAGAAAGAGAGUGCUUCCAUCUUGGAUGCUGGAAAGAGAUCUUCUGGUGCAGAGUGUUUCCAAGCCUGUUACGAUGGGAGGUAGUAGAAAGAAAAAAGUCCAAGGAAGGGGAGAAGGUCUUACAGAGUCAUUAAAAUCAGAAGUACAUGUACAGCAGAAAAAAAGAUUACCUUCUGAAGAAACUAUAGAGGAUUUUGAAGGUGGAGAGCAAGAUCAAGGGAAAAGGAACUGCCUUCCCUUCCCUGUUCUUUUAUCUCAGAAUACAUUUGGAUUACCUCUUCAGACUACCAUGAGAGAUAUGGAAGGAAGUGGCAAGACUGGAACAACAAACCCUGGAAAUUCUCUGGAAAAAAAUGAUAGGCAGCUGCAUAGCAAAUGGUCUAAAAGAGAAGGUCAGAUCUCCAUUAAAGACAACAGAAUUGAGGAAACAGAAAACAAAGAGCACAUUGCUGGUUCUACCAGCCGACAAGCUCACUGGGGCAGAACUUCCCAAUAUCUUGGUGCUCAGGAAGGGAUUCUUGAGCCUGAUGCAAAUCUGGGCUACAACACUGAGAUUUCUGAUUCAGCCAGAAGUGCAGAUGCUUCAGAAAGCUCCAAACAGAUGCAGCAUAAGAGGACACCUUGCAAGUAUGGAAGUGGCUGUUACAGGAAGAAUCCCAUUCACUUCCAGCAGUUCAGUCAUCCUAAUGAUGAUGACUAUCACAACAUGGAGAUGGUGGCUCAGGAUGAUGAUGACAGCCAGCCUGAGUGUCCAUAUGGAACAGCUUGUUAUAGGAAGAACCCCCAGCACAAGCUGGAGUACAAGCACAGUGCACCUCCAGGAAAAAGGGCAGUGAAGAAGGAUGGUGUCAAUGAUGGUGAAACCAAUGAAUAUGACCUCAAUGACCGAUUUAUAGAUGACGAGGAGGAGGAGGAGGAGUGUGAAGCUACUGAUGAAGACUCGGACUGGGAACCAAGUUCAGAAGAAAAGGAUAAUGAAGAUGUUGACACACUUGUGCAAGAAACAUGUAGAUUUGUUAGGCUCAAGAAAUAGCUGCUGAGAACAGCCUUAUAAAUGUCCAGUGUGAUUGUGUUAAAACAUGGUUGCACAGAGGAGAGGAAUUGGUUUGAAAAUUUUUUCCUCCAUGAUGUAGGCAGUACAGGAAGAUAGUAAUAGGGGUGAGGGGAUUCUCUUUCUUAUCUGUAUGUAUUAUUUUGAGGCUGGUGUGGUGUUUUUUUGUUUUGUUUUGUUUUAUUAAGUUGUGGACCCAGAGGAUCGAGCUCUGAAAUUUUUGUUUUUUUCUUUUUUCUCUCCUUUUUCUUUUUUUUUUUGU